AUGCCCAAAUCGUCUUCUUUGUCCCUAGCCAUGCGGUCCAAAGGCGGAAACGAAAACGUAAACUCUCCGCUUAGCCCUGUAAGCCCAUCGUCCCCAGACAUGAACGGCAACGGCCUCAACGGUACAACACCGACCGCCCCUUACCACGACAUGCCUGCAUCGCCCGCCUCGCCUAAGCCCCGAAAGGACUCCAAGAGCAUCUUUUCCAACUUCUCCGCCACGCGGUCUUCAUCGCGCCUGAUAAAUCCCGAAAAGGCGGGUCGCCAAUUGCCCGAACCACGAGAGGGUCAAGCCGCGAUCUAUGUGAAUGGUCGUAGCGGUAAUUCCACGCCAGACCUGAGUCGUCCGGUCCAAACACCAAAUUCCGAUGACAAUCGAUCCGAAAACAUUGCAUUCGAGCAGCCAAGCGGUUCCAGCAAGUCAUCCGAGGCAGCAGAGGUCGGUCAAGAUACUCCGAACUCCAAGCACGAUAAAACGAAAGCGAAGAAACAGGGCGGUAUGCCUGGACGAUCGAGGUCGAUUAAAACCGAUGAAGGGCCCGGGCGAACGAAACUCAACAAAGUCCAGCCUGCCAAACUGUCACCAGAUCCGACUGCAUCUUGGUCGCAAAAUGGCGAUGCUGUACCUUUAAAAAGUGCGCCGAUGGACAAGGACAAAUCAUGGCGUUCGAACAUGGCUUUUGGCAAGUUACGAACGCACUCUGCAGACCGUCACGAUGCCUCUCAGCUCGCACCACGUGAUCCAGAUGAUGCGCGAAGAGACAGAGGGGAACAGAGCUCGGUGGCCUCGGGUUCAUUCAACGAGAGUCGUGGCGCUCAGUUGAUGUCCAACAUGGGUUCAGGUGCUAUGAAAGUUGGCGAGAAACUCAAUUCCGCUCGUAAGGGUCUCUUUGGGAAGUUGGGACGGAGCUCGAGCAACCACGAAAGAGAGCUCCAAAUGCCUAAGGAACAAUAUCAGUUCAAGAUUAUCCACACGCCAUUGGUCGAACAGACGAGAUUAACUAGAAUCUCAAGUCGUCUGGAAAACUCCAAAGACAAGACAGAGUUCUGGAUGCCAGCGCUACCCUGGCGCUGUAUUGACUAUUUAAACAUGAGAGGAUGUGAAGAGGAAGGCCUUUAUCGUGUUCCUGGCGCCGCUCAUCAGAUCCGAUACUACGAGCAAAAGUUCGAUCAAGAUCGAGAUAUCGACCUCAUCGCUGAUGAAAACCUAAACGACCCGAAUGUCAUCGGCUCGUUGUUCAAAAAUUGGCUGCGACAAUUGCCUGACGAAAUCUUUCCCAAGGCUAUUCAGUCGCGGAUUCAACAAGAGUGCCAAGGUGCGAAAAGUACACCUCAGCUUCUGAAAGACGAGCUCUCGAAGCUGCCGCCAUUCAACUAUUACCUCCUGUUCGCCAUCACCUGCCACAUCAGCCUGCUGCACUCGUGCUCCGAAUUCAACAAGAUGAACUACAACAAUCUGUGCAUAUGCUUUCAACCCGCAAUCAAGAUCGAUGCGUUUUGCUUCCAAUUCCUGAUUCUGGACUGGCGCAAUUGCUGGCAGGGGUGCUGGACGGAGAAGGAAUAUCUUGUUGAAGAGGUGAGGUUGCUGGAGACCGUAGAAACCCAGACAAGGCCCCAACCCACUCCAUCUCGUAACGGACACGGCUCCAGCAAGACGAAAGGCUCACAAUCAUCGGGAUUUCUCGGAGACAAUUUCAAGUCUUCUUCAGCACGAAACGAGUCGAGGGACCGAAAAGCUCCCUCUUCGCGGGGAGUAUCUUCAGACCGAAGCCUGGCUUCCGGACGUGCUACUCCGCCGAACGUGUCUCUACUCUCUUCCGAGAAGUCCAGUAGCUCCAAGCGUGGAGGUGCGCAUGAAAGGGACCUCUCGGCGGACCGAGCGAUUUCUUCGUCGGACAGCCGCGAAGCGUUCAAUGCGCGUGCGACUCCCAAACGAGCACCACCCUCAGUCAGGGCCGACGCGGUAGACAACGAAGACAUGGGCGCAACGCCCACUCAGGCGCAGCACAGCAGAGGCCCCUCGGAGAGCCAGUUUCGCCUCGAUCUCAGCAAUCCGCCCAGUUCCCCAUUCUCAAUAGACUUUAAUGGACCUAAUGGACGAUAA